UUCAAAACGCGGAGGACAAGAGGAGCAGGGAGCAUGGAGGCCUUCUGGCGUCCGCUCUGCGAAAGGCGGGAAAGGCGAACUACACCUCCCGACUGCCAGCGCGCGGCUGCGCCUGCGCCCUGAUACCUGUCGCCAUCUUGCCCCUUCUGAGGCACCGCAAACAAACCCAAUUCCUGGUGUCCCCUAGUCUUGGCGGAGGAGCCUUUUAGAUGAGCCCCGAAAGGCCGGGCAGGGAAGACAAGCUCUUUGGGGCUACCAAAAGGAAGCAGGAAUGCCUGUUGUGUGGCCAACCCUUUUGGAUCUCAGCAGGGAUGAGUGCAAAAGGAUUCUUCGAAAAUUGGAAUUGGAGGCAUAUGCUGGAGUUAUCAGUGCACUUCGGGCACAGGGGGAUCUCACCAAGGAAAAGAAAGAUCUUCUUGGAGAACUCUCAAAAGUUCUUAGCAUCUCAACAGAACGCCACCGUGCUGAAGUUCGGAGAGCAGUAAACGAUGAACGGUUAACAACAAUUGCACAUAAAAUGAAUUUAUCCUUAUAUUUGGGUGAAAGACCAAGUUACAGUAUGUCUGGACCUAAUAGCUCUUCAGAAUGGUCCAUUGAAGGUCGUCGAUUGGUACCACUGAUGCCCCGGCUGGUUCCCCAAACUGCCUUCACUGUAACAGCUAACGCUGUUGCCAAUGCAGCUAUCCAGCACAAUGCAUCUCUUCCAGUGCCUGCAGAAACAGGAAGCAAGGAAGUAGUGGUUUGCUAUUCCUACACAAGUACCACGUCAACCCCAACCUCUACCCCUGUUCCAAGUGGCAGCAUAGCAACGGUUAAGUCUCCAAGACCUGCCAGUCCUGCCUCCAAUGUAGUUGUCUUGCCAAGUGGAAGUACUGUUUAUGUCAAAAGUGUUAGCUGUUCAGAUGAAGAUGAAAAACCCAGAAAGCGAAGGCGAACAAACUCAUCUAGCUCCUCCCCUGUUGUCCUGAAGGAGGUUCCAAAGGCUGUUGUUCCGGUCUCAAAGACCAUCACUGUGCCUGUGAGUGGCAGUCCCAAGAUGAGCAACAUCAUGCAGAGCAUUGCCAACUCCUUACCACCCCACAUGUCUCCUGUGAAAAUAACCUUCACCAAACCAUCAACACAGACGACAAACACAACAACACAGAAGGUUAUUAUAGUGACCACAUCACCAAGUUCAACCUUCGUGCCCAACAUUCUCUCCAAAUCCCAUAACUAUGCAGCAGUCACUAAGCUUGUACCAACAUCAGUCAUUGCUUCCACAACCCAGAAGCCGCCAGUGGUUAUAACUGCUUCACAGUCCUCGCUGGUCAGUAGCAGCAGCAGCGGCAGCAGCAGUUCUACACCGUCACCUGUUCCUAAUACGGUUGCAGUAACAGCUGUGGUGUCCUCCACACCGUCUGUGGUCAUGUCAACAGUAGCACAAGGUGUAUCUACAUCAGCAAUCAAAAUGGCAUCAACUAGACUUCCUUCCCCCAAAAGCUUAGUGGGUGCCCCAACUCAGAUUCUUGCACAGUUUCCUAAACAGCAUCAGCAAUCUCCUAAGCAGCAGUUACAUCCAGUGCAGCAACAGACACAGCAACAGGUGGCUCAGCCUUCUCCAGUAUCUCAUCAGCAACAGCCUCAGCAGUCUCCUUUGCCACCUGGUAUCAAGCCUACCAUUCAAAUCAAACAGGAGUCAGGUGUUAAAAUCAUCACACAACAAGUUCAACCAAGUAAAAUCUUACCCAAACCAGUAACAGCAACUCUGCCCACCAGUAGCAAUUCCCCUAUUAUGGUGGUUAGCAGUAAUGGUGCAAUUAUGACAACUAAACUGGUAACCACUCCUACUGGCACACAGGCAACCUAUACCCGGCCAACAGUGAGCCCAUCCAUAGGUCGGAUGGCUGCAACCCCUGGAGCUGCAACCUAUGUGAAAACUACCAGUGGUAGCAUCAUUACAGUAGUACCCAAAUCAUUAGCUACCUUGGGGGGCAAGAUAAUUAGCAGUAAUAUAGUUUCUGGAACGACUACCAAAAUCACUACAAUCCCAAUGACUUCCAAGCCCAAUGUGAUUGUUGUGCAAAAGACUACAGGAAAAGGAACGACCAUUCAAGGCCUCCCGGGCAAAAACGUUGUCACAACAUUGCUAAAUGCUGGAGGAGAAAAGACUAUUCAGACGGUGCCAACAGGAGCAAAGCCAGCUAUUAUCACUGCUACAAGACCUAUCACCAAAAUGAUUGUAACUCAACCAAAAGGAAUAGGUUCCACAGUACAACCAGCAGCUAAAAUCAUCCCAACAAAAAUUGUUUAUGGGCAGCAAGGGAAAACACAGGUUCUUAUUAAACCCAAACCAGUGACGUUUCAAGCCACAGUUGUUAGUGAGCAAACAAGGCAGCUGGUCACAGAAACAUUACAGCAAGCAUCCAGGGUGGCAGAGGCUGGUAAUUCAUCUCUUCAGGAGGGAAAAGAAGAAGCGCAGAGUUACACAGAUAGUAGUUCUUCUUCUACGGAGUCCUCCCAAAGUUCCCAAGAUUCCCAGCCUGUAGUUCAUGUAAUUGCUUCCCGGCGUCAGGAUUGGUCAGAACAUGAGAUUGCAAUGGAGACUAGCCCCACCAUAAUUUAUCAGGAUGUAUCCAGUGAAUCACAAUCAGCUACUUCAACAAUCAAAGCUCUGUUAGAACUCCAACAGACAACAGUAAAGGAAAAAUUGGAAUCUAAACCAAGACAACCUACUAUUGACUUGAGUCAAAUGGCAGUGCCUAUUCAGAUGACCCAGGAAAAGAGACAUUCUCCUGAGAGUCCAUCAAUUGCUGUGGUAGAGUCAGAACUAGUUGCUGAAUACAUCACUACUGAACGCACUGAUGAGGGGACAGAGGUUGCUUUUCCCCUUCUAGAUGCUGUGGUGAUUUCUGGAGAAAUAUCAUCACCUCCUCUAUUUUCAGUCAGCCAUCGCUCCCAGCCCCAACAGCCCUCCCAGCCCCAGCGGACCCUGCUCCAGCAUGUGGCUCAGUCACAGACCGCAACACAGACUUCGGUGGUGGUGAAGUCCAUCCCGGCGUCUUCUCCUGGAGCAAUCACCCACAUUAUGCAGCAGGCAUUAAGCAGUCACACUGCUUUUACCAAACACAGCGAGGAACUUGGAACUGAGGAAGGCGAGGUUGAAGAGAUGGACACUUUAGACCCUCAGACAGGUCUGUUUUACCGAUCUGCCCUGACUCAGUCACAGUCAGCUAAACAGCAGAAACUUAGCCAGCCCCAGCUGGAACAGACUCAGCUGCAAGUGAAAACUCUGCAGUGCUUCCAGGCUAAACAGAAGCAGACCAUCCACCUGCAGGCAGACCAGCUCCAGCACAAACUCCCGCAAAUGCCCCAGCUUUCCAUCAGGCAUCAGAAACUCACCCCUCUCCAGCAAGAACAAGCACAGCCCAAGCCAGAUGUACAGCACACACAGCAUCCCAUGGUGGCCAAAGACAGGCAGCUUCCUACCUUAAUGGCACAGCCCCCGCAAACUGUAGUACAGGUGCUUGCAGUGAAAACGACGCAGCAGCUCCCUAAACUGCAGCAGGCUCCGAACCAACCAAAAAUCUACGUGCAACCCCAAACCCCCCAGAGCCAAAUGCCGCUCCCAGCCUCGUCUGAGAAACAGCCGGCAAGCCAGGUGGAGCAGCCAAUUAUAACCCAAGGAUCCUCUGUUACAAAGAUAACUUUUGAGGGGCGCCAGCCUCCUACAGUUACAAAGAUAACUGGUGGCAGUUCUGUGCCUAAGCUGACAUCACCAGUUACAAGCAUAUCUCCCAUUCAGGCCUCUGAGAAGACAGCAGUGUCAGACAUUUUGAAAAUGUCUUUGAUGGAAGCUCAGAUUGAUACAAAUGUAGAGCAUAUGGUAGUGGAUCCCCCAAAGAAGGCUCUUGCCACUAGUAUGCUCACUGGUGAUGCAGGAUCAUUACCUUCCACCCACGUGAUGGUGGCAGGGAUGGCGAAUUCGACUCCCCAGCAACAGAAAUGUAGAGAGUCCUGUUCAAGUCCAUCUGCUGUUGGCCCUCCCCUAACAACAAGGAAAAUCGAUGCUCCAGGAGUGCCUACAACAGGCCAGUUCAUGCGUAUUCAGAAUAUAGGCCAAAAGAAAGCUGAAGAGAGCCCAGCAGAAAUUAUCAUCCAGGCCAUUCCCCAGUAUGCCAUUCCUUGUCACUCCAGCUCCAACGUGGUAGUAGAGCCCAGCGGGCUCCUUGAGCUAAACAACUUCACCAGUCAGCAGUUGGAUGACGAUGAGACGGCAAUGGAGCAGGACAUAGACAGUAGCACAGAGGAUGGAACUGAGCCCAGCCCCUCUCAGAGUUCUGCUGAACGGUCCUAGUGUUUUGGACACAGGAGUGCACUUUAAAACCUACUUGGUUACCAAGUGUCCAGGGAAGCCCUGCAUUUUGAUGUCUAAAGAGAGCACUUUGCCCAUGCUUAGGCUACGGACCCUGAAACAGCAGUGUUUCAACAAGAAUUGCUGCUGGAGCAGCAUUUUAAGACGAGAUAAAACUCACAGGGGAAUGUACUUUUUUAAAAAAAGAAAAAAGAAAAAAAAGAAAAAGAUGCACAUCUACAGUGACAUAAGACCUGAUGUUCUUUCUCUGUUGGACCAUGGCUGAUGGAAAAGUUUAUCUUGCAGUAGAGAAAGACUUUUCCUUUGAAUGUUCUUCAACUGGUUUCUACUGAGCAAAACACCAUCAAAAAAGGAGAAUGUGAAUAGUUUGUAUUUUGAAACAGUGUGUCAGGAACAGUUUUUUAAAAAAUCUUGUAUGUUUUUGCAAAUCCCUGGAAGUGUUGAAUUGGUUAACAUUUUACAUUUGCUCGGUUCAUAGUUUAUAAAAUAACUUGAAAAAUACUGGCAUUAAAGAAUCCUAAUUGGAUGGUGGAAAUCAGAUCCCUAACCAGUGGGAAGUGCUUUCUGGGUGGCUUGUACAUUCUCACCAAUUGUAUGCUAAUUUAUUGUGUUGUUGUUUCUCUGUGCUAUAGGCAGCGCAUUUGCCUUCUAUUUAUUUAAAUGUAAACAUUUCAAAGUCGGCCGUAUUCCUUCUGACAAAUUUCCUGUAAACCAGGAUUGCCUACCCUUUCCACCUCCCACUGUCUCCUCCGCUCCUUUAAGAAAACUUAUGAGAAAAUGUUUCAUUGUGAAGCAGAGGAAAAGAAACAUUUUCUGGCCCAAAGGAAAUAUUCAGUUAUGUUCAGGAAAAGAAAUUAUUCACAUUGAACUUGCACAUUCAUGUUGGAUUGAGACUUUGAAAAUAACUUUUACAUACUUUUGUUUAACCCCCUUUGAAAUGUAUAAAAAGUUCAUUUACAGUUCUAAAUGUAAUGUUUUUAAGCAUUCUGCCUUUUUAGGACACAGUUUAUUUAAGCAAUAUGUUUGGGUCUUGUGAUCACUGUCUGUCACAAAUAGAGUGAAGGAUAAGAGGGUGGGAGGGUGAGAGUCACUUUUGACAAGUUGUGGCAAAGGAAACUAUACUUUUCAUUUUUAAAAAAAUGUAAAUAGAAAACUUUUUAACGGUUUUAUAUAGAUUUCACUAUAAAUAAGCAUUUUAAGACUGACAAAUGUUGAACUGUACAUACGUAUUCAGCGUAACUGCCCAAUUUUUUGGUGCUGAAGUACUGUAAGUAGAAUUCAUCAACAGUCUCCUAAUUUUUGCAUUCAUAUCUGGAAAAAAAAACUGUGAUACUGUAGUUAAUAAAUUCCCACUAGAGUGACACUGAAGAUUUAAACACAAGCAUUCAUAAGAUGCACUGGUCUCUGGUACUUGUCAUUAUUUCUACUAGGUGAUAAUGACUUACCCAUAGAUGGAGCUGUUGGAUGUUAUUUUAUUGUACAAAUUCAUGUUUAAAAGACUUCGUGACUGUUUCUAGUUAAGUAAUUUUUUAACCUCUCGGGUCAGAGACUUCUUUGAAAAUCUGAUUACACUAUGAACUCUCUUACCAAAAAGAUACACAUGCCAAUAUAUGUUAGAUUUUGCAUACAAUUUUAGGGUUUCAUGGGACCCUCAGCCUAUCCAUGUAUUCCAGGUUAAGCCCUCUGUUACGGUCAAUCCAUUACUUACAGAUGUAAGUUUUUAUAAAAUAAAGUAUCUUUUAAAUAUUCAUGGAUCAGGUAACAACAGCAAACUUGAAUAAAGUUAUUACGUUCUGUUUCUCCA